AUGGAUCUCUCAAGUCUUCGAGUCAAGGACCUUACAGAAAUCUGCCGUAAUUUUGGUAUUCGUACAAGUGGUCGAGAAAAGCCACAACACGGAACUAAAAGAAGCUUAAGCACCAAUUAUACAUGCAGCAAUAAGAAACUGAAGAAUGAGAAGGAGGACAAUGUUGCAAUUGACGCAGUGUUUACACGGUUUCUAGAUUUAGAAGCAGAAGAGGUGUCAAUAACGGACGAAGGGAUUCUGGCAUUUUGUGAUGCAUUGGGAAUCGAUGCACAGGAUCCAGUGAUGUUGGCUUUAAGCUGUGCCAUGGAAGCUGAAACGAUGGGCGUAUUUACACGCACCGAGUUUCGACGUGGGAUGCACAAGCUGCAUUGUCACUCGAUUGAGGAUUUACGUGAUCAGAUUCCGACUUUACGUAGUCAAUUGCAUGAUCGUGCGCAGUUCUCUGCUAUUUAUUCGUUUACAUUUGGGUUUUCAAAAGAUCCUGCCCAAAAGAGUUUAGCGUUGGAACUGGCCAUAGAACUUUGGAACUUUUUGCUCCCUGGACAUUUCCACUGGCACCGCCACUGGCUGCAGUAUGUUCGAGAGCAUUCACGAAGUGUUGUAUCGAAAGACCUGUGGCUUCAGGUGCUGGACUUUGGCCUCCAGAUUAAACCGGACUUAAGCAACUUUGAUGAGAAUGGAGCGUGGCCCGUGCUACUGGACGAUUUCGCAGCACACAUGCGGGAACUCAUUACCAAAAAAGGACUUUCGGUCGUGCAACAGGAAGAGAAUACCAUGUCUACAGAAAUUGAUAAAACUGACGACGCUGAGAGCAUGCUUGUGGAUGACUAG